AUGACUUCCUCUUCUACAUUCUCCGUUGUUCUUCUUUUUGCAACUUUUUGGUCUUCUGCGAAUGCGUGUGUUGCAUCUGGAACUUGUGGUCUGGGACCAUGCUUUAAUCCUCUCCCCGCCCUCCCAUCCCCUUGUGCAUCAUCCGGUUGUGGUCCUGGGUUCUCAUGCGGAUCAUACGGAUGCUAUCGUACAAAAGCUCGCGUCCAUGCUGCUGGAACACAUCAUCAAGGACCAAUUCUAUUCGGAGCUGAUCGAUUUUCGCAAUUCCGACGACAACAGCCGACACCUCCUCAACAAGCGACGGACCCGAAUGCCUUAUUCAUGCAAUGUUGUGAGCAAAGAGGACUUCCGGACGCUUGUCUUCAGAAGUGCACAUUCAAUACCUAUUCUAAAGAAUCUUUGACCCGGAUGUACUUCCGUCAAGAUGCUUGCCCAUUGGCUGCUUCCGCCGAAAUCCAAUUUUGCGCGGCUCAAGGAAGAGAUCAUCGUGCUUGCUGUAUCCGAAAUGGAGUCACAACCACUCUCGCCGGUGACAAAUGCUUGACUUUCUGUGAUCAAAGACCUGGAAAUGUCACUCUUCUCGACUAUUCUUAUGUUUCCUGCUAUGAUCGUUUCGAGAACAUGAAGUCGUGUUUCUGGCACGACGCUGCUGAGAGAUCAAAGAAGUUGUAG